AUGGACGACCUGGUACCUCAAGGCUAUAAUGAUGGCAACAGAGCCUUCCUCCAAGCCCUGAUGGCUCGCGGCAGCAUCACUUAUCACGAAGCCAAGCCCAUCAUUGCCGCCAUCAAGACAGCACAACAAGAUGACGACGGCGACCGGCAAAGAGUCGAUCCCAAUUCGGUGACUCAGGAAGAAUUUGCUGCCUACAUCGGCGCCGCACAGGAGGUAGUAUCACACUUUGACUACGAGGUCAGAAAUGCCAUGCACCAAGUUCGCAAGGACCGUGUCUACGCUCUCGUCAAUACCACCUCGGAUCCCAUGACCCAACUGGCAACACUUCACAGCGCGGACGAAAUCGCCUUUGUCAAGAGAGUCAUUGACGGCAUGUUUGAAAAGCACAACACCCGCCGCAUGGAGGUCAUGUGCGUAGACUCGAUGCAGGCCAACAAGCUUCGGCACGCUCCUAAGGCGGACGGCGAUGAAAGUAUAGCAGACGACAGCGUGGUCCAGACGCAGGCGGGCCAGGGCGGCAUCAAGAGUAUCAAGAGUUCCGAAGUCGCCAGCAUGCUGGCCGCCAUGGUGGACGAGGGCUGGUUCGAGAAGAGCAGGGAGGGCUACUACAGUCUCAGUACCCGCGCGCUACUGGAGCUACGGGCAUGGCUCGUCGAUACCUACAACGACCCCGACCUGGGCCCCGACGAGUGGCAGAGGAUCAAGUUCUGUGAAGCCUGUAAGGAGAUCGUCACGGUUGGCCAGAGGUGUGCCGAGCGGGAUUGCAACGUGCGGAUACACGACAUCUGCGAGGACGCAUUCUGGCGGACGAGGAGGGACAAUACAUGCCCAAAGUGCGACAAGGCUUGGUCCGGAAAGCAUUUUGUUGGAUUGAAAGCAGUCACCGAGACAGAGGCUUACAAGCGAGCCAAGAGAAACAGUGGUAGGGAGCGCGGUUCUGUCUUGGAGCAAAUUAUACAGGAUGAGGGUGGCGAGACGGAUGAGGAGGAAUAA